CUAUCUUCAGUUCUUCGAUAUACAGAGAAAAACAGGUUAAAAUUAUUUUUCCUUCCGCAAUGAAAAUGGCAUCUUGUACCAAUUACGUCUUCGUGUCACUCAUUUUUCCUGUUAUGUGGCUGAGUUUCUCAACUCAAUUGGUAUCUGGAAAAGGGAACAAAAACUAUGUUCAAGAGGCCUGCAGUGUGACCAGGUAUCGAGACCUUUGCAUCCACUCACUGGCAUCGUUUUCGACAUUGGCCAAGGACAGCCCUAGCAGGUGGGCACGAGCCGGGGUUUCAGUUUCAUUGAGCGAGACCAAGAGUGCUGCUCAUUACUUGGUAACUCUGAAAAAGCACAGGCGUGGUAUGCAAGGGAUAAACAAAGUUGCUUUGUCCGACUGCAUUGAGUGCUUUCUGAACGCGAUCGAUGAGCUUCACAAAUCACUCGGUGUUCUCAGGACGCUUACUAAAACGACAUUCGGCUCGGAAAUGGCGGACCUGAAAACCUGGCUCAGUGCUGCCCUAACUGAUGGAGACACCUGCUUGGAUGGCUUUGAGGGUCACAAAGGAAAACAAGUCAAAUUGCUACAAAAUAGGGUUUCGAAAGUUACGCAUAUCACCAAUAAUGCACUGGCUCUUGUUAACAAACUUGCGACUACUGGCUUGGGAAGCCUUCCUAAUUCGUAGGAAGAGAAGAUUAUGACUACAUAUGUUGUGUUUAAUUAAAGGUUCUGAAAUAUGUUAGGCGCUAGUUUGUCAGCGGAUGUGGCUUAAAGUCCAGGAGUCUAGACGGAUUAGGUGAAUUUAAGUAAAUUUAUUAUUAUAUCAUAUAAAUAAAUGCCUAUGUACACUUAAAAAAA